AUGGAAAAUAGCAUAAGUGAAAGCAGUAGUUCUUCCAAUGAUAUUAUGCUAUAUAAUGUUUUGUAUGCAGGAGGGGAAAAAAGUCAGAAAACUUUAAUUGAAAUGAAGGAGGUACAAGAAGAAAAUAGCAUGGUUAUGAAUAAUGAGAUAAAAGAAUAUGAAGUGGUGAAUGAUUUAGUUCAUGAAAAAAUAGAAUCUCUACCAGAAGUUACAGAAAAUUUAAGUGAUUCUAUAAAUAAUAUUUUAAAUAUUGAUAAAAACGUUUCAAUAUUGAAAAAUAACAAAUCAGAAGAUAAUAAUAAUGUAAAUGAUAGUAAUAAUUAUAAUAGUAAAUAUGAAGAUACUCAGCAUAAUAAUAGUGAUUAUAAAAACAGCGCAGAUUAUAAUAAAUUUACUAAUGAUAAUAAUUCUUUGAAUUUUAAUAAGAAUAGAGAUGAUAAUCAUAAUAUUAAUAGCGAUAUAGGCACCAAUAAUAAAAGUAACAUUUGUAAUAUUAUUAAUACUAAUGAAAACGUGAAUAAUAUUGAAAAUAAUGAAUUACUAUCUCUAAAUAAAUAUACAAGUGAAUGUAUAGAUAAUUCUCUAACUAAUUCAACUAAAAUAAAAGGCAUAUUAAGUAACAGUGCUAAAGAUGAAGUUAAUUUUUAUAAAAAUAUUUCUUUAAAUAGUUUAUAUAAUAUAAAUUCUUCGAAAAUUAAUAUAUCUUUAUUAAAAUCUAAAAUUGAAAAACAAAGAUUAGCUUUGUCAGACAUGAAUCAAUAUAUUGUAACUGAAAAAUUAAACAAUGAUAAUACUAAUUUAAGAAAUCUUUCUUAUAGUGAAGGUACUAUAUUAAAAAAUCAUGAUAAUUAUUUAUAUAACAAAUUAUAUGAAGAAGACAAAAAAUAUUCUAAAAAUAAAUCAUUUUUAGAAAAAAAAUUAGUGGUUCAUUCAUAUCAAAAUGAAAAAUAUAAGUAUUUGUAUACUGAAAAAAAUGAAAAUUUUGAUAAUAAAAAAAAAGACCCUCAUAAUAUAUUAAGUAGGGAUAUAGAACAAGAUAUAAAUUAUGAUAAAAACAAGUUAUCAGACGAUUUGUUUUUAAAACUUUCUAAUAAUAACUAUAAAAGCAUAAUUAUCAAUGAGGAAACUAAUGAAAAUGCUUCUUUUUCUAACAAUAAUAAUAUAAAUACGAAUAUUUUACCAUUGAACAUAUCCCAAGAAAAAAAAGAAGAUAAUAAAUUAAAAGAGUUAGCUGGUUAUUCUGAAGUGAUUGAUUUACUAAAUGAUUUAGAAUCAUCUACUAAAUCAUUAAAGCAUAAGUUUCUAAUUGAUAGUGAAAAUUUUAAUGAAUUAAAGAACGGAAUAAGUAUAAAUGAAUAUAAUAUAAUUAAUAAUAAAAAUAAGGUAUAUAAUGAAAUAAAUAAAGUAGAUGAAGAAUAUGCAAAUCAUAAAAAUGUGACUAAAAAGGAAUUUUGUGAAAAUUCAGAAUCCAACAUUGAAAAUGAUAAAAAUAAAGAACUAAAAGAAAAUAUAUAUUAUUCGUCAAAUUAUAUAACUCAUGCAUUAGUUUCUGAUUCAGAAAGUAAAGAAUCUAAAGGACUAAGUAAUGAACACAGUUACAAAAAUGAUAUAUUAUUAGAAAAACAUAUUUGCGAUAUGUUAAAUAAUAAUUAUUUGGAAUACAUAAAUUUCAAAGAAACUAAAAAAUAUUCAAAUAUUGUAAAAAAUUUUAGGGAUACAACAGAAAUUACAUUGAGAUUUUCAAAAAUAGAUAUAGGAAAAAAUUUUCAAGAUAAAUUAGAAAGUUACGAAAAAUUUUACAUAUGUUAUUGUAUACCUGUAAUAAGUAAAAUACAACUUAAUAAUAAUGAUAUUUUUAAACAAAGAUCUAGAAGUUUAAAUUCAAGCUAUCUAAAUAAAAAUAAAUCAUUAGCUAAUUUUUCCUUAAGAAAUAAAACAACUAUCAGCAAAAUGGAAUUUAAUGAUAAAGGCAUAAUAAAUAAAAACAGGAAAAUGUUAACAAAAAAAGUUUUUGAAAAUAAGUACAAAAAUAAAAAUAUUAGUAAAUAUAGAAAUUUAACAGAAAGAAAAAAAACCAGCGAUAUAGUCAAGGAGAAUAUUAUUUAUGAUAGUUUUUCAGUUGAAAGUAAAUACAUUAAUAAAAAUUAUGUUGAGUUUUUAGAAGAUGUUUAUCAUAAAGUACAUAAUAGUAUUUUGAAUAAAAAUACAAAUAUUUCUUUUUUACUAUGUGCAAAUUUAAAUAAGAAAAAAAGGAAAAAAAUUGAUGAUUCUGUUUCAUGCAUAUUACAACAAAAAAACUUAAAUAUCUUGAAAUUAUUAAAUCUUCCAUUUGUUGUACCAAAGAAUUCCGAAGUAAUAGGAUUUUCUGAAAUUCCUUUUAUUCCAACCGCAAAUUUAAAAAUACCAAUAAAAGAGCUAAUUAUACCUAAUAAUUGCUUCACUGAUUUUAUUAAAGGUCCCUAUGUGUUAUUUUAUUUGCAUUUGGGUAUAUUUGAAAAAACUAUUAAAAAAGAAAAUGAAAUAGAAAUUGUGAAUAAGAAGGAGGAAUCAGGUAAGAGCUUAUUAUAUAACAAAGAAGACGAUAUAAAUAUAAAGAGACACGUAAAUUCCAAAUAUGAUUGUGAUAUAAAUCAUACAGAGAAAAUAGGUAUUAAUGAUAUAGAAAAAAACGGUGAGAAUAGGGAUUUAAUUGAAAAGCAUGAAUUAAAAAUAACUAGUGAUGAUAAAAUAAAUUAUUUAGAUGAAAAAGAUCAGAAUUUAGGUAAUUCUGAAAUUUAUUAUUUAAAAGAAAAAGAAUCUAAUAUAAAACUAAAUGAUGAUAUAAAUGAAACCAAAGGAUUAUCUGAUUCGCUAAAAAAAGCAGAAAUUAUCAAUAAUAAUUUAAAAGAUGAAAAAAUAGAUAACGUAGGAUUUAAUGAAAUACAUAAAUCAAUAACAGAUAAUAAUGAAGUAGAAGAAUCAAAAAAAAAUAAAAAAGAAAAUGACAUAAAAAAAUUGACAGAAAAUAAUUUUGAAAGUGAUUAUGAAGAAGAAUUAGCAAAAGGUUUUGAUGAAUCUAAAAAAUACAAAAAAGAUAUAAAAAAUGAAAGUUGUAGUAGUUAUAUAAAAGACAAAAUUCAAAUAAUAACAGAUGAAAAUGAUAAAAACGAAGUAUUAUACAUAUAUAUAGAUAAAAUUGUAAAUUUAUCUAAAAAAACCUUUGCAAAUUUGUUAAUAUGUGUAAGAUUUUGUAAAGAUGAAAAAUACACAUAUAGCAAUUUUAAUUUAAAAGAUGAAAAAAUGUUAGAUAUACUAUUAAAUUCUAAUAAAAAAUUAUGUGAUAUGCAAGAAAUGUUUAUAGAAGUGUGGAAUUAUGAAGGAGGUAAGGAGGAAGAUUGCAUUGGAAUUUUAAAAAUAAAUGCUAAGGAGAUUAAUGAAAAUAAAAACAUUAUGUAUUUAGAAAAAUAUUUUGAAUUAACAUUUAGAUUUUAUGAAGAUAUUAAUUUUAUGUUUAGAAUUAUUUUAAUUAGAGGAUCAAAGAAUAUGUAUGAAAAUAUUAAGGAAUUUUGUAAAGAAUACAUUGAAAAUAAUGAAACGGAUGUAAGAAAGUUUCUAUUAAACGAAGACACUAAAACAAAUUCUCGGUUUAAUUCAACUAUUUUUGAAGAUAAAUUAAAUAAGUCCAGUUCUUUUUUAUCAAUUAAUGAGCAGUAUUUUAUAUAUGAUUCAGCUAAUAUAUAUGAUAACGAAUAUUAUAUAUAUGAGAUACAAAGGGAAAUAUUAAAAAAAGACAUACGAAGUAGCACAAUAGUUAAUAAUAUAGUAAAUAAAGAAAAAUACAAAAUAAAUAUAAAAAAUAAUAAUAAUAGAAUAUAUAAUGAACUAAAUGGAAAAUUUAAGAAUUCAAUUAAUAAAAAUAAUGAAAAUAAUAAAUUUUCCAAUAGUUGUGAUAUUAUGAUUCAUAGUGGUGAUACAAAUGAUCAAUAUAUAGAAUUAUUGAAAGGUAUCAAUGGAGAAAUAAUAAAGAAUGAAAAUAAAAUAAUGUAUGUAGAAAUAGAAUCUAUUAAAGAAGAAUUAUUGAUAUGUGGUAUGAACGAGCAUACUGUGAAACUAUUAAUUUCUGAUUUAAAAAAUAAUUCCAUAAAAAAUAAGUAUGUUUUAAAAAGCUAUUUUGAAGAAUAUAUAGAUAAGAUAUACAAUAAAUGGGACAAUUUAUCGAAUAAAUUAUUUAUAAAGAAUAAAAAGAAUAUGCUUAUAAAUGACAUAUGUGAAUACUUAGAUAAUUUAUAUUUAGAUGAUGAUAAUUAUUUAAAUAAAGAAGACUUUUUUUUAUUUUUUCAAGAUGUAGGAAUAGUUUUCGUUGAUUCUACUGUAUUUGAUGAGUUAUGUUUAUUGUUUUAUGAUCAGAAAAAAGAAAAAAUUCAUUUUUCUCUAUUCGCUUCUCUGAUAAUAAAAAAGGGAGUUGAGGAAUUAAAGAACAUGGUAUAUGGAUAUGAUGUUUUGUUAAAAUUUUUUGAAUUCUUAUAUAUUAAUAAUAUAACUAUAGAGUAUUUAGAGAACGAACUGUUUAAGAUUAUUUUACAAAGAAAAAAUUAUUACUCUGAAAAAAUUAGACAAAAUAUAUCUACUGAUAUUUUGAUUAAUUCAAACAUUGAUUGUAAGAAACCAAAUGAAAAUUUAAAAUUUUUUUUAAAAGAAGAAGAUAAUAUCUGUUCUUGUACGUCAUUAAUUUUUUUGCAUUCUAUUCAAUUUAUUUUAAAAAAAUUUAAUAAUAGUGACUUUACGGCUUAUGAUUUAUUUUUUUUAGUUAAAUAUAUUAUACAAAAUCAGUACAAUUACGUAGAUUCGGAAAUGUAUGUAUUUGUUAAUGUAAUAAAAGGAAUAGAAACUGUGAACAUCACAUUUUUUUUAUGUUUAUAUUACAUAUAUAUGAAUCAGAAUAACAAUAACAAUAAUAAUCAUAUAAGCAGUAAUAAUAAUAGAGUAAGUGUAGAAAAGUUUGAGAAUGAAAAAAAAAAUUCAUUUAAUAGUAGAGUCUUUAGUAAUGAUGACAAAAAUGAAAAUAAUAGUAUAAAUGAAAAUACAUUUACAAAUAAAAAUUCAAUUCAUAAAGAUGAUAAAAACAUAUACUGCAAUAAUAAUUUAUAUAAAUCCAAAAAAAAGAAAAAAAAAGAAAAUGAAAUAAAUCGAGUUUUACAUAAUUCAGAAAAUGAUAAAGAAAUGGAUUUUUCAAUUCAAAAAAAUUUCCAUAAUAGUAUUUCACAUUUAUCUGAUGAUUCUUUAUAUAGUAUAGAAAAAAAUAAGAUUACAUAUAGCACAAUAAAUAAUGAUAAAGAAAAUUAUAAGUAUAGAAAAAAUUUUGAAAAAAACAAAGAGGGUAGUUCUAAUUUUUAUAAUUUGAAUAGGCCAAAUAAAGACAAUUCAAAAUUCUCAAAAAAAAAGGAAAAAUUAACCAUAUCUAUGUUAAAAAACAAUGAAUGUGACAACAAAUCUUGUAUAACUGAUUCAAAUGACGAUAGUCUUCUUCAACUAGAGCAUUCUGUUAAUGAAGAAAAUGGAUUAGUAAAAUCAGGAAAUAUAUAUAAAAAUGAAAAAAAAAAUAAAAAUAAUUAUAAUAUCAUUAGUAAUAAUUUUAAUGAAAGCAAUAAUGAAUGUAUUUCUAUUGACAAGAAGGAUAAUCAUUAUGAGAUUGAGAGUUCUAUGAAUAAUAGCAUCAGUAGUUGUAUAAAUGAUAAAGAAUAUGAAAAUAACAUAAAUUAUAGUAAUAAAAAAAAUGUAUCGGAUAUAUCCUCAAAAAGCAAUAAAAAUAAAAACUUAAAUUAUGAAACCAACGUGAUAUCUGCGUAUAAUUCAAAUAAUAAAAAAAGAAUAUUAAUAUACAGAAAGGAUAUAAAAAAGGCAGUAAAAAAUUCAUUAGUAAUUUUAUAUAACAGAAUUGUAAGUGGUUUAAUUAAUAUUGAAUAUAUAUCAGAGUGCUUAUAUAAUUAUUACAAAGUUAAGAAUAUGUUUGGAAGUAAAAAUAAAAAGGAAAUAAAAAAAAAAAAAACAGGACUUUUAAGGUUAUUCGAUCGUAUUGGUUUAUAUACAUCUCACAACAUUGCAAAGAGUAUUUUAAAAUGGUAUAAAAAUGAAAUAUAUAUGAACAACAAAGAAAAUAAAAAUUCAUAUUUAUCCAUAAAUUGUUUUAGCAGUUUUAAUAUUAUUGAAAAAAGAAAAAUUUUAAAUAAUACAAUUAAUUAUCACAUAAAUAAUAUUAAUAGAAUCAUUAAUAAAUACUCAUUAAAUGAAGAAAUCAGUGGAAAUAUGUUUUCAGGAAGUGUACUAGAACACUUUUUUAUUUUGUUAAAGGAAAGAAAUAUAAAUAUUAACACUUUUUCAAAAAAAAAUAUAUUUACAUAUGAUGAUUUCUAUGUAGAAAUAGAGAAUCUGAAUAUAAAUUUUUCAAAAAAUUACAUGCGUCUUCUAUUUAGUAACUUACUAACAUAUGAUCUAACUUCAUUUAACAGUUUAAAUAACAAAUUAAUUUUUUUUGAUUCUUUAGAAUCAUAUUGGUUAAAUUGGAAUAAAUUAAAUUUUGAGUUUUUUAGUUCCAAAAUGGAAAUAAAUAAUAAUACUGAAAAUAUAUUAAACAGAAUAAAAGAUAAAAGAAGAAAACUAGCAACUUAUAAUAAGGAAUACGAGAAAAAUAGUAUAAAUAAAAUAAACUAUUUUUCUUAUAAUGAUUUACUAGUUUUAGAUAAUAAGCAUAGCACUAUAAAUAAGUGGAGAUCAAAUAGCGUAAAAAACAUAAAAUGUUACAACUUUUUCUUAUUACCUUUAUAUAGCCUUUUUUUUUAUUUUUCUGAGGAAGAAUUAUUAGAAGGAGGAAAGUUAAUAAAGUACUUUUUUUUGAAUAUAUUCAAUUACGAAAUUAAUUCUUUGAAUAUAAAUGAUUAUAUAAAUAAAUACUAUUCUUUCUAUGAUUUUUUACAAAUAUCUAAGGAUAUGAUAUUUUAUGAGUAUGAUCAUAAUGAUAACGAUUUAUUUAGAGAAGAUUUUUUAAAAUUAAUUAUAUUAAUAAAUAAUGUUUACUUAAAAAAAAAAUUUGACACAACAUUUAAACUUCAAAAUUUUAUUCAAAAAAAAACACAUUUAUUCUCAAAAAAUUUUAAAAAUAACUUCAAUAUUAUAACUAGAGAUAUUAUAAGCUUUGAAAAAGACAUAGUAAAUAUUUCAAAAUCUAUUUAUGAUAUAUAUCAAUCCAUUGAAACAAGAAAUAACAUUAUUUUAAAUGAAGAAGCAAAUAUAAUAAAUAAAGAUGAGUUAAUUUUAAAUUUUUUUAGAAAAAAUAGAUAUAUUAUAAAAUAUAUUCGUGAAUAUUUUUAUUUAUAUGUAUUUUUAAACAAAAUAAUGAAUAAUAAAAACUCGAAUUUAUGUUUUUAUGAAAAGGAAAGUAUUAUAUAUCAAAAAAAAUUGAAAGAAUAUCAUCUACAAAAAAUGAGGAAUAUACAAGAUAAAUUCGAUAAUUUAGAAAAUAAACAUAUGUAUGUAGGCUUUCAGAGUAAUUGGAGAAAUAAAUUAAAUUAUUUUCCAUUUUUAUACCAAGAGGUGCAUAUAUGUUCUAAAGAGAAAAAAUAUAGUAGCAAAGAAUAUAUUCAUUUUGUAUAUCCUUAUUUAUUACUUUUAUGUGAUUUUCUUAAAAGAAUUAUUCAUAUUUAUAAACACGAAUAUGAACGUUGUAUAAAUAAAUUAUUUAAUUUAGAUUAUCAAAAAAUAAGUAAUAGAACUUUUUUUUUAUAUAAUGUAGAAAAUAUUAUGGCAAGAUCAGGAAGUUUCGAUUCAAAAGAAUGGAAUAAAAUAUAUAGCUUUUUUGAAAUAUUUGAUAUUAAAAUGAGUAAUUUUUUUUUAAGCCUAUGGAGAAUAUUAAAGGAUAACAAUUAUAUAUUAUCAAAUAAAAAUGAAAGCAUUAUUUUUAAUGAUAAAAGUAGUAUAUGGAAUCUUAUAAGCAAUGAAGGCACUGAGAAAAGAAAAAUGUUCUUAAGAACGGAAGAUCGCAAAGAAAUUUUUAUCAAAAAUUUUAAGUAUUAUAUAGCUUUUGAUAAAGUGAUAUUAUAUGAUUUAAAUGAAUUUAACCAAAAAUAUAUGCAUAGUUAUAUUAUUAAUGAUAAUAUAUUUAUAAGUUAUAUGUCCUGUUUGUAUAUGAGAAUAUUAUUCAAUGAAUGUAUAUCAACAGGUUUAAAUAUAAACAGAUUAUUCCAAAACAUGAAAACCAAAAGUUCAUUUGUAAAUGUAUUAUCUAAAAAUUUUAGUCAUAUAUUUUCUCAUUUGGAUAUAGAUUUAUUUGUAAAAAAGUAUUCUUUUCUAGUGGAUAUGCCAUCUCUGCAUUUAAGUUCUUAUCAGAACUUUAUAUCUUCCAGUAAUUUUAUCAAAGAUUUAUACAAGCAGGGUGAUUUUUAUAAUGAUUAUUUGAGAAAUAAAUUGUUUCAUUUUUUCUUAAAUAAUCAAAAUAUUUUUAUGAAAAAUUAUGAAAAAGUGGAGAAUCAUCAUUUAAUAUCAUGUGAUAACUUGAAGAGUAUAUUAUCUGAAAAUGGGAUAUUUUUAUCUUGGGCUGAGUUAUAUGACUUUUUUCAACCUCUUAAUAAAUUUUGUGUUAUUUAUGAUUACAAAAAAUAUCAGUUCAAUAAAGCAGGGAAACCAACACCAUAUAUAUUAAAAGCUUAUAUAAAUUUUUCAAAUUUAAUUAUGAUUGUGGAAAAAAAAUAUAAAAGUAAUAUGCAAAAAGGAAAUGAUAAUGAAACACAAGAUGUAUAUAAAAAUGAGAUUCAAAAUGAAUAUAAAAAUGAAAUACGAAAUAAAUAUAAUAAUGAUAAUAAUAUACAAUUCGAGUAUAAUAACAAAAUUCAGAAAAAAAUUUCGGACAUUAAAAAGGCGGUAAGUAAAAACACAUGGAAUAUGAGUUCAACUAAUAAUAAUAAUAUAAUUAAAGAAAAAAAAAAAUAUAUAAACGAAGAAUUAAAUGAAAUAAAAUAUACUAAAACAAACAAAGAUAUAUAUAAAAAAGACAGUGAAAAUAUAGAUGAAAGUUACAGUAAAUACAAUAAUUUACUUAUGCUAUCUCGUAAUAAAAAAAAAAGAGAGAUUAUAUUAAGAAAUAAUGAAAUGAGUAUUAAUAAAGAAAAAGUUACAAAAUUAAAAAAAAGUAUAUGCACGGAAAAUUGUAUUGAUCAUUCUAAUAAAAAGGAAGAAAAGAAGAAUAUUAUUUCUCGUAAUUUUAGUAAGUUUUCAAAUGUGAAUUGCAAAUUAUAUAAAACAUCUAAUGGUCUAUAUUAUAAUUUUAGCUUUAACAAUUUAAUUUUAGAAAAUAUACUAUUUUUUUUAUUUUUAAAAAUGAGUAAUCUAAUGAUAAAACAAAAAUUAAAAUAUAAGCAGAUAUAUUUUGGUAUAAAAAAUAUAAGAGAACAACAUAUUAAAAAAAAAGAAAUUGAAAAUGCAUGUUAUUUCUUAUUAAAUAUAGAAAAAAAAGAAUUAAAUAAUAUUAUACCAGAUGAUUUUAUUUUAUAUGAAAAAGACUUAAAAAAUGGAAUAUAUCUAAAUAUUUUUAUUUUAAAGAAGGAAUUACAAAACAUGUUUACUAAAUUCAACUCUCCUGUUAUUUCGAUAUUUGAUUUCAUUAAUUUCUUCGAAAAAAAAAUGGAACAAAUAAAAUUUUCUAAUUAUAUGUUUACUUACAAUUUUGCUUAUGAAUGGAUUAAUUAUAUGAAUAUAAAAGAUGAAUACAUAAAUAAAGAAAGUUGUAGGAAUCUAUUAAACAUAUUUUAUUUAGAGAAUUUUGAUCAAGAUGACAAUUAUAAGGAAAAUGAAAUAAUAAAGGAGAAAUUCAAAAUAAAGAAUGAAUUUUAUGAGGAAAAUGAAUUACAUAAAGAAAUAUUUAAAAAUAGCAAUGCAAUAAAUGAAAAUGAAGUUGCUCAAUGUAACAAUAUAAGAAAUAGAGUUGAAAAUUCAAAUUCUGAAAAAAAUACUAAAGAGAAUAAUUCAAAUAAUGAAUUAAUAACUAAUGAACAGAAAGAGCAGAAGGAAGAUAAAUUAUAUAAUAUAAUUUUCAAAGAGAAGAUGAUAAAAAUAUUUGAAAAACAUAUAAAAGGAAAAUGGAAGAAAAUAUUAUUACCUAUAUUUGACUUAAAAACAUUCUAUUUACAUGAUAUUAAGAUAUUACUAGAAGAAUUUACUGGUAUAAAAAAGCUACUUUGGAAAACAAAAGAAAAUAAUCAAAAUAGAAAUGAUGAGAAAGAAGAAGGGAAGUUUUCCUUAAGUUAUUUUAGCUGCUUUGGAGCAAAUGAAAUUUUAAUUGAUGAUAUAUUAAAUAGUGAAAGACAAGAUUUGAAAAGUGAUAAUAAUAAAUUUAGUGAUACAGUACAUGUCAAUUAUGUAUUUGAACAUAAAUUUUCUACAAUUAAAGAAAAGGAUUUAAUUUCUUUAUUUGAAAAAAACAAGGAAAUAUUAAACUUAAAAUUGUAUUAUAAUCAGAAAAAAAUAGCUGAAGCUAACUUACAUAUCCUAGAAUUUUUUUCGGUUAUAAAGAGUAAAGAAAAGAAAGAUCAUAAAAUUUUAUGUUUCGUUUCAUCAGAUGAUGAAUAUAGAGAAAUAUUAUUUUUAGAUAUAGAUAUUUAUUAUGAAAGAGAAAAACUAUUCUCAAAUAUUCCUGUUUUUGAAACAACAUACAAAAAAGUUAACGAAAAUUCUAAGAUAGAAAGUUAUGAUUCAAAUAAGAAUAAUAUAAAAAUUUCAAAUUUAAAUAAUAUCAUCAAAGAAAAAUUAAAUCAUAAUACAAAAGAAAAAUCUCUGAUAAUGAAAAAUGUUGAAAAACAAAGUUUUAAAAAUGUUUCAUGUAGCAAUGAUAAUUAUGUUAAUAAAGAUGAUAAUAAUAGUAAAUCAAUAUAUGGGAAUGAAAGAUGGAAAGAAAAUAUUUCUAUUUCAGAGUAUGCAUUAGAAAAAAAGGAAAUUAUACCAAAGAAAAAUAAAAAUGAUGACUACAUUUUAGUAGAAGAUGAAUUUUUUGUAAAUAAUAAAAAAUGUAAUGAAAAAUAUAAUGAUGAAAAUAUCAAUUCAUUAGUUUCAAUGCAUGGAUGUGAAUAUAACAAUAAAAUAAAUGAUGAUGCAGAAGAAUCAUUCGUUCCUAGUAGUUGUAAGGUGGAAAGUAAGUAUUAUUUAAAAGAUGAAAAAAGAAAUAAUAAACAUGAAUUAGAGAUUAAAAGUGUCAUUUCCAAUGAAAAAAAAAGAGAAGAUAAUAAAGAUAGCAACUUUGUCAGUUAUGUUAAUUUAACAGUUGAUCGUAUAAUUUUACCAUUUUAUUUAUUAAAGGAUUUAAAUAAUAAAUUUAGUGAAGUGAAAAAAACAGACAAAUCAGAAGAAGAAAUAUUCAUAGCAUUCUACAUCGAAAUAUAUCAAAAGAUUGACGAUGAGGAAAAAGAAAAGUACGAAUUAUUAUCUUCCUCCGUUCCUCGAAUAGUUAAUCAUAACGAUUUUGUUUCUAACGAUAAUCUCCAUAAAAAUGAUAUUUCUUCUAUUUCAUAUGCCAAUUACAAUAUUAAGAAUAGAAAUAAUUCAUGUAAAAAUGAUACACUAAAAAAAAAUGAUGAAGAUAAUGGUAAUAAUGAUGAAAGUAAAAAAGAUAUUAUUAAUAUUGAUAAAGACCAAAAGAGCAGUGAAUGUAACAAUGUCAAUGACAAAACUAAUAAAGAGGAAGUAAAAAUCACACUUGAGAAAUCCAAAAACAAUAUAAAUAAUUUAGAUAUUAAUAAUGAAAAAAAUGUGAAUAAUAAAGAAUCAAUAAAUAAAUCGUUAAAAAUUAGAAAUAAUAAAAACAAAGAAAAAAAAUUAAAACUGUUUGAUAAAUAUUUAAAUAUAUACAACUUAAAAAUAAAGCAUAAUGAAGUUAUCAAAAGCAAAAAUUUAUAUGUAGAAGGUAAAAUAAUUAUUAGAGCAUUAAUUUCAUUGAAUUAUAAUUCAGAAGAUUUAAUUAUUGGUGAGCAUUUUUUUAAAAUAAAGAAUAUGCUAUAUGAAAAUAAAAAUAUAACAUUUUGUUCAGAAAAUCUUCUUUAUACAAUAAAUAGCAAAUAUCCUUUUCAAGGAGAUCAUAAAGAUAAUAAAAUGCAUCUUAAUGAUGCUAUAACAGAAAAAAAUGCAUCUAAUGAAUUCUUAAUGAAAGAAAAUUCAAUAAAUAAAAGUCAUUGGAAAGUAACAGAGGAAGAAGGUGAAAAUGAAGAAAAAAAAAAAAAAAAAAGUAAUAAUGAUACUUUUUAUACUAUUAAUGGUAACUAUAAUGGAGUGAUAAAAUACAUUAAUGAAAAUGAAAUAAUAAAUAAUAUUAAAGAAAAAAAGGUUAUAGGAUAUGUAUCAUACAAAUAUCAAAUAAAAAAAAAUAAAAAUAAAAAUUAUGAAAAGAGAAAUAAAAUACUAAUUCCAAAUUUUAUAAAAAUUUAUUUUAUUAAAUAUGAUAAGUAUAGUUUAAAAAAUAAAAAUGAAAGAAAUAAUGCUUUACAUAACACCAUAUAUGAAAAAAUAUUUAGUGAUGUAUUAAGAAAAGUAAAUUACAGAAAAUAUGUAAAUGUAGAAAUGUUUAUAGAAUCAUUAAAAAAUACAAAUUACAGUAACGAUAUUAGUUAUUUUAAAAGAUUUUUUCAUUAUUUUAUUAAUUCUGAUAAUAAUUUAUAUUUUCCAUUAGAGACUAUAUUAACUAUACUAGCAUUAAGGAGAUUAUCCUUUCAUUUUAUAAAUUCUCUUUCUUAUUUUUUUGAUGAAAUUCAAAAAUACUUUUUAGAUUAUAAUGGGCUAGGAAUAGUUGAAUGGGCUUAUUUAUUAAAAUGCUUGCUAAAAUCCCAAAAUAAAUUUAUAAAGACCGAAAAAGAAAAAAAAACAAAUAGAAAAAAUACAGAACCAUAUAAACAAAAUAAUUUAUAUGAUAAUUCGAAUUAUUCUUCAACAACCUCUACCUAUUCUUUACACUCUACAAGUAGAAACAAUUCUGUUUUUUUUUGUGAUAAAGAAAAAAGGAAACAAAAAAAAAAUAAAAUUAAAAGGAAAAUGUUAAAUGAAAAGGAUUGGUGUUUUUUAAAUAAUUGGAGAAAAUGGCACUUAUACAAUGAUAAUAAGAACUAUUUUUUUCUAUAUUUAUUUUUAAAUGAUAUAGUAAUAUUUUAUGAAGAAUACAAAAAUUACUUAAAACAAAAAAAUGACAAAAUAUCAUCAUUAUUUCAUCAUAAUAAAAAGUUUAUCAAAGAUUCAUCAUUAUUAAAUGAAAAAAGUACAAAUAAAAUAAAUAAAUUAUUGGAUAUAAAAAACACUGUCACAACUUCAGAUGAUAGUGAAAUGAAUAGUUUCAAUAAUAUAAAAAAUCACUUUCAGAAAUCCAGUAUAAAUGUGGAGAAUGUCGUUACAAAUGAUAAUAAUAAUUACAUUGUCAACUAUCGGUUACAUUCUCAAAAUAAAAAUGUAAAGAAUAAUUUAAAAGAUGAGAAAGAAAGUAAUUUUUUUUCAAGAAAAAUUUUUGAUUUAAAAAAGAAAAAAAAUGAGAAUGAUUAUUCUAUACUAAAUUUUUAUAAAAAUAAGGAUGUACAUAGCUAUUACAUGAAAAAGGAAAAUGAUAAAAGCUUAAGCGAAAGUACAAAUAAUAUAUUAUAUUCAGGCACCUUAAAUAGUAAAUCAUCAGAUUUAAUAAAAAGUAAAUAUAAUAAUAGAACAUCUGUUUAUCAAUAUAAUGUAUUAAAAAAUAAAAAGAGAGAUAAAUAUAUUAGAUCAAAGGAAAAUUUUAAAAGAUUUUUUUCAUUAAAUAAAAAUAUCAAAAAUAUUAAACAAAAUAUCAUAAAUACAAAAAACAAUUUCUUAAAAAAGUGCAAUAAUUUAGAUACAUGCAAAUAUAAAAUAUAUGUAAAAGUAAAGAAAAUUUUGCAUCCUCUUCCUUUAAUUAAUAAUAAAAAACCGAACACCUUUUUGUCAUUUCAAAUAGUUUUAAAUAAUUAUGAUUUUUUAAAUAAAAAUGAUGUGUUUCCUUUCCUAAUAAAUAAUAAAAAGAAUUAUAUCAUAAAUAGAGUUCAAGCAAGAAGUAAUAUAUUUUUUAAUGAAUGUUAUCCAUUAUUAAAUAUUUCAACUAUGCUAAAAUUACCAAAUUACGAGGAAUUAAAUAACAUUUUUAAUGUAGAUAUGAGAAGUGAAGAUUUUAAUUUUUAUUUAAAAAAUUUAUCUAUACAAAUUUGUAUUUAUCAUGUAAUAAAUAAUUACUUCGUUGAUUAUAACAAAAAUAAUAAUUAUCAAAACAGUUGUAUUUAUUAUUCAUCAUCUAGUGCAUUAGAAACACAUAAAAAUUUCAAUAUGCUUAAUUAUACUAAAGAGAAAGAACAAAAGAAAACUUUAAUUGCUAAUACAUUAAUACCCUUAAGUGCCUUAUUAAACAAAAAUAAAACAAAAAUAAGAGCACCUUUAAUUUUUUCUCCAUUUUUUACAACAAACAAUAAUAAAAAUUAUAUUGAGAUUAUUCUUAAAUAUGAUAAUAAUUCUGAAAUUACAAACAAAUCAUUUUUAGAAAAUAAUUAUAAAUGCCUAUUAAAAAAGAUUGAUACAAAAAAUAGCACUUCUCCCGAAAUAGUUCAUCAUAAGAAUUUUCUAGGAAUUGAAGAUAACAAAAAGAAAAAAAGUAAAAUUCUUAAUGAUCUACAUGAUGUGUAUACAAAAAACAAUUUAAGUAACACUGAACAAGAAGGUAAAAAAGAAUUCAUAGAUUUUUUUAAUAUUCCUUUACUAAGCUUACCUAAGAUACCACCUCCUAUAUCUUAA